AUGGCAGAACAUGUGCAGGAAUCCCUCGACCGCAUGGUCGCUCCUUUGCGAGACUUGAUGGACCGCCAGAUUUUUUCAGAAACAGAAAUCAAAGCAAUCGUCGAACGACGCCGGGAAUCCGAGUACUUGUUGCGUCGUGUAGCCGCAAGAAAAGCCGAUUUUCUUCGUUACAUUCAAGCAGAGCAAGACUUAGAACGACUGCGUCAACUCCGAACGAAGCAACGGAAAAGAGAUCAUCUUAAGACACAGGUUCCAGACGAGCAAUCACAAAAACAACACAUUGGCGAUGUACACAUUGUACAGCAUCUGCACUUGCUAUUUGUAAGGGCAAUCCGAAAAUUUCGAUCUGAUCUAUCGCUUCAUCUACUACAUGCUGAUUUUUGUAAGCAAAUGAAGUCUUACUCGAGACUUGGCAAGGUCUAUUCUGAGGCACUUCAAAUAUUUCCGCGUCAAUCUGGUUUAUGGAUUGAGGCAGCUUCCAAUGAGUUCUUUGGACCCAAUCGUAGCAUACGGAAUGCUAGAAUCCUUUUGCAACGUGGUAUACGUUUCAGUAAGACGUCUGAAGACAUUUGGUGCCAGAUGUUCUCUCUCGAAAUGCACUAUGCCCAAACUCUUAGAGGAAGAAAGCAGAUUCUUUUGGGGGCAAAGGUUACCGAGGAAAUGGCAGAAUUGGCUAGCUACAAGAUCGCCGAAGUCGUCUACAAGAAUGCCGUGAAGGCAGUUCCAGAUUCGAUCCCAUUUCGCCUAAAACUGUUGGACAUUUGUCGAAAAUUUCCAGAUACUGAACCACUCAUGGAGAUAAUUCAAGAACAGUUGGAAACGGACUUCGGCGAGCAACCGGAGGCAUGGAUCGCGAGGGCAUUGUUUGAGGCUGAAAAAGAUUUGAAACUGCACGGGAGUAAGAGUGACAACGAGGAAGAUGGGGAGCCAGAACGUCCAUCGAAGAAACAAAGGAAGAAAGACGCAGCAGUUGCCAUGUUGGAACAGGCUAUUGAAGCACUGCCUAAUGACAGAAUGCACUUGCAUGCCUUUGAAUUCGCUCGAAAGUACAAAGAAGAAUUGGAAGGAAACGGAGACUCUGCUGUUCAGGUGCAAGAGUUCUUGGAUCGCCUUGAAAAGCGCAUUUCUGGCCACUUGUCUUCGGAACUUGCGAUUGAGUAUGCCGAUUACCUCUUGGAAUGCAACAGAAUUACGGAAGCUGUGGCAACCCUUGAGGAUUUCUGUAUGAACAAGAAGCCAGUAGACUCUUCCCCUUGGAUUCAGUGGGCUGGAUUGUCAUCCUCACCGAAAACGGUUCUCUCCAGUGCCACAAAGUGCGUACCAAUGUCAAGUGCUUGCGAGUAUCUUAAGAUCUUGCUCCAGCUCUUUGGCUAUCAGCUCAGUACAGAAGAAGACAACUCUAUUCUUUUUCAGUCUUUUCAGCGCCUUCUUUUAUUGUCACCCAGUACGCAAUCACUUUUUCUUGAAGAUUUGGGGACAUGCCAGGGCUUUGGACUCCAAAGCAUCGCAGAAGCCUGCGUAAAAUACCUUGAAUAUGCUGCAAAAAUUGGACUACCUGCUGUUCGAAAAGUCUACUCAGCUGUCCUCUUUAAGUCUUCAGUUGAAGUGAACGAGAUUAAUAUGGAACGGCUUCAGAAGUUUGUCGAGCGAAGCGCUACUCUUGAAUCAAAAGACAAGACAAGACGCAGGAGAAUCUAUCACAGAGCCAUGGAAAUGUUCGAAGGCACAGAUUUGGAGCAUGCCAUACGAAAAUUGCGUGAGAGUGACGCUGCUAAAUUCUAUUAA